AUGAGUAUUCUCAGUUGGAACUGCCGGGGGCUUGGGAACCUCUGGAUAGUUCGAGACAUUUGCCGGUUGGUAAAGGAGAAGAAACCCAAUUUGGUUUUCCUGAUGGAAACCAAACUAAUGGCGUCUCGGGUGGAACGGGUAAAGUACAAGUUGGGCUUUAGUAGUGUUUUUGUGGUUGAUUGUGUGGGAAGGAGUGGGGGACUAGCACUCUUUUGGAAUGAUAAUGAAUUGGUAGAGAUUCAAAAUUACAGUCGACGCCACAUUAAUGCUAAAAUAAGUGGAGUGGAUGGUAUAGCACAAUGGAUUCUAACGGGCUUCUAUGGUCAUCCCGAAGUGGCUAAAAGAAAAGAAUCAUGGGAUCUCCUUAUGCACCUCCAUUCAUUGACUUCUAGUGCAUGGAUGUGUGUAGGAGAUUUCAAUGAAAUAUUGGCCGAUGAAGAGAAGUAUGGUGCUAAUAAACGGCCUAGAUGGCAAAUAAGGGAUUUCCAACAAACUAUGGAACGGUGUCAACUCCAUGACUUGGGCUUUUUAGGCCCAAAGUUUACGUGGAGUAAUAAAAGGGAAGACGGGCAUUUUAUCAUGGAGAGAUUAGAUAGAGCAAUUGCAAACCAAGCUUGGAUGACAUCAUACCCAAACUAUGGGGUGGAGGUAUUGGCCAACCAUACAUCAGACCAUGCACCAAUUAAUGUUCAGCUUUGCAUUGUAAGGCGUGACCAAUGGAGGUUGGAGAAGAAGUUUUUCUAUGCAGCUGGGUGGGGGAAAAAAGAUAGCCACAAUAAUUUGAUCAAAUCGGUAUGGAGGGAGAAAGGUUUGGCCUCAAACCCAUGGAUGUCUUUCUCGGCUAAAAUAGGGAGGUGCAAAAAGGUGAUUACUCGAUGGCAAAUUAAGGAGAAGGGGCAGGCCGAAUCCCAAAUCCAACAGAAGACCGAGCAAUUGAAAUUGCUACAAAUGGGUGAUUCUAGACCGGAGGAGGAGAAAAUAAAAUUACUGCAGCAAGAGGUAAAUGACAUUUUUGAAAAAGAGGAGAUGCAUUGGAGACAGCGGGCCAAAGAACAUUGGUUAAAAAGUGGAGAUAAAAAUACAAAAUUUUUUCAUGCUAGUGUCAAUCAAAGGCGUCGGAUGAAUCAUAUUGUACUAAUUGAAGAUAAAGCGGGGAAUUUAUGUACAACACCUGAAAGUAUCAAUAGAGCCUUCACGGAUUAUUUUCAGAAUAUCUUUUCUACAUCUAACCCGUAUGGGCUAAGGGAAUGCCUACAUGGGUUAGAGAGGAGAAUCACCCCAAGCAUGAAUGAACAGCUGGAGCGGGAAAUCACAGUAGAGGAAAUUUACUACGCCAUUUCUCAAAUGGGUGUCCAAAAAGCCCCAGGACCGGAUGGAUUGCCUGCAUGUUUUUACCAUGACAAUUGGUCAAUUAUUGGAGAGGAGACCAUGGCAAACAGAUUGAAGGUGCUUCUCCAUGAAAUCAUUUCUCCCAACCAAAGCGUGUUUAUUCCGGGAAGGCUCAUCUCAGAUAACGUGUUGGCGGCCUAUGAAACUAUGCACUCAAUGCAUUCCCGGAUGUGGGGGAAAGUCGGUUACAUGGCAUUAAAACUGGAUAUGAGUAAGGCUUAUAAUCGAUUGGAGUGGUGUUUUGUGGAAGAGCCGGAUAGCUUGGCUUCAAAAAUCCUUAAGGCCAAAUAUUUUCCAAAGAGCUCUUUACGGGAAGCGAAAGUGACGAGUAGACCAUCAUUGGCUUGGAGGAGCAUUCUUUCGGCGAAGGAGUUGUUUUUUGCAGGGCUGAAUUGGCGCAUUGGAAACGUGCGGGACUUCAAGGGGCAAGUGUGUGCAGCAACUUGCUUAGUUCAAGAAGGGAGUCUGGAGCCUACAGUGGCAGAGGCGAUGGGAGCCCUUAACGCAUUGGAGUUCUGCCGUGAUCUGGGCUUCCAAGAAAUUGUACUGGAAGGAGACUCAAAAACAGUAGUCCAAGCGAUCAAAGGAUGA